GCUCCAAAGGGGAAACAAAACAAAACAAAACAACCUGGCCAUUUGCAUCACGAGGGGUUCUCAAAAAAAGGGAGCGGCAAACUGAAGGGAGCCCCAGGAUGAAACACACAGGGGGGGGGCACUUUUUUCCCCCUGCGAAUGGUAUCCUGCUAAGGGGAGCAAUAAGAAGAAGAGUGCGAAUAAUAGCAAUAGCAAUAAUAGCAAUAAUAGCCGCGUAUAGGCCACAAAUCGGAGCACCCAUCGAGGGAGAUCCCGGACGGAGCAGGCUGCCGCCCCCCCACAUUUCGUAAAAAUUGCCAACGAAAAAGCUACCCCCACAAAAGGGGAGGUACUUUUUUAACAUGGAGGAUGCAAAAGCGGAGGAGUCCCCCCCGAACGGAAAGGAGCACACCGAGCCAGAGUACCACUACGAUUUUCUCAUAAGGCACAGCUCGGAAAUCAAAAAGGAUCUCCUGGAGUGGUAUUACAAAUAUAGGAGGAAACUACCCUGGCGGAAUGACCAACCACCGUACACCACCAGCGUUCAGGUGCAGGAGGGGAACCCCCAAGGCGACAUAAGGAGCUACUUCUGCAAAGGGGGAGAUGCUCAAAUUAGUAGAAAUGGUGCCAGUAGGGAAGAUGGGACGAGGGUUAUUACGAAGGGGAGGAAAAAGGACCAAGAGGAGUUACCCCUCCGGGAGGCGAAACGAGUCAAAAAUGAAUGUUCGCAGAAGAAUUCAUCUGCGCAGAAGAACUCACCUUUGCACUCCUCAGAGGGUUUCUCGUGCAAAGGUCAGCCCAGCAACGAGGUGGAGGCUACCCCGGGGGGAUGUAUUGCCACCCCGAUUAGCAACACCCAGACAGAAGUAAAAAAAGAGGAUGACUCGUGGCCCCCAAGUGAGAAGCAACACCUAAGUGUCCGGGGCUACCAAAUUUACGUAAGCGAAAUAAUGCUUCAACAAACGAGGGUUCACACAGUGGUAAGUUUCUACCUCAAGUGGAUGAACAAAUGGGGCACCAUUUUCGAGCUAGCCAAAAGUAACCUAGAUGAAGUCCUCAUAGUGUGGAAGGGGCUGGGGUACUACAACCGAGCGAAGAACCUACUAGACUGUUGCAAACAUGUGGUUGAAAAAUACGAUGGGGUGUUUCCCAACGAUUUAAAGUUACUCAAGGAGUUGCCAGGAAUAGGGGAGUAUACGUCCAAGGCGAUCUGCAUACAUCUGUACAACAGGAAGGAUAUAUGCAUCGACACAAAUGUGAUUAGGAUUUUUUCUAGAAUUACGGACACGAUUAAUUAUAGCGGCUCCACCGUUUUAACGAAGCACUGUGAACGGGUGAGCCGCGUUUUGUGUGAAGAUGACUCCAAUUAUUCUGACCUCAGUCAGGCACUAAUGGACUUGGGGUCCAGCAUCUGUAAUGGCUCCCCCCAGUGCGCGCAGUGCCCCCUGAGCAAGCACUGCCUCAUCUAUUUGAAGAAGAGGAAUAAUAGCAAUAGUAGCCAUAGUAGCCAUAGUAGCAAUAGUAACAAUAAUAGUAGUAACAGUAAUAGUGAUAAACGGGACAGUUCGUUUUAUCCGGCCCACCCCGACGCAUGCAAGCUCUGCGUCCAAGACAGAAACGUCGAAAUUAAGAGCGUCCCCUUGACGAAGAAAAAGAAGAAAACGGAAAAGGUGUGCCUCGUUCUGCUCGUAAAGAGCAGUGGCCCUCCAAAGGGGGACAGAACAAGUAUAACAAGCAAGGUGGAAAAAAGCGGCGCGAAAAAAAAAAAAAUCACCUUAACGGGUCAGAAAAGUGGAGAACACCUGGAGGAUGACUACUACUUGAUGAUAAAGAACACAAACUCGAAUUUGUUUUCAAUGCAUUAUUUGUUUCCCCUUUUGCUCCUGGACCAGUUUGAUAAAAAAGUUGCGCACACGCAUUUAAAUGGGUUGCUGAGCAGCCUAAAUUUGAGCAACUCCCUGGAGGAUUCCUUCACCUAUAUUAACAAUUUUAAGCAUGUAUUUUCUCACCUCACAUAUGACACGUACAUUUACGUAUGUUCUGUCCUGAACGCGGAAAAUGUUACAGAGAGGAAGGAAAACGUCUGGAUAAAGUUGAAAGACAUUCAGGACUUCACGCACAACAGCUUUUGUCAAAAUAUAAUAGACCACUACAGAAAAAGCGUGACUGUGUCUAGGACGUUUCUCUCAGAAUUUUGCUUGUAGACCCGGGGCUAUGGGGGAGGCACCGGUUGCGUAUUUUUGCAUUUCCCUCGAGUGCUACGGGGGGGGGCGGUAAAAUUGGCCCCACAUCGUAUGCACGGGGGGGUGCUCCAUCGAGCGUUCAUUUGUGAGUGGCGGCGCUACGACAUUUCUCGGUCCGUCUGCCGCGCCCUAUCUGCUUUAACGAAGCGUCAUUGGACCCCACUUUUUU